GUGGCGCCGGAAGCGCGGGCGGAGCGCACGGGUCCGGGGAGAGCCGCCUGCGCCCGCGAGGGGGACCCAAGUCCCCAGAGUGGUGGCCAAGUCCCGCCUCCCGCCAGCGGGGGCGAGGACCUGCGACGCGCACCCCUGCCCGGCCCGGUCUCCUCAGCACCAGCCCCACGCACACCCGACUUCCUCAGCUUCUCGUCCUCACCCUGCCAACUUCCCUGCGAGGAGGAACCUGCCGCCAGCCUGCUUCCUCGUCCGCAGGCCCUGCGCUGAACGCUGCCGCGACCAGGGUUCACCUUGCGCCGUCAGGAAAGCCCAUGAACUCUCCAGAAACGGCGUAAAGGAGGGUCCCGCCGCGGUGCACGGCUGGGGCGCCUGGGUUCCCCCUGGGUGGAGCAGCCGCAGCAGAGCGGGAAAGUAGCGGAGGAUGAUCUUGCGGCCAAAGGGGACCUCGGCGCAGUAACGUCAACAUGAUGUUUCGCUCAGAUCGAAUGUGGAGCUGCCAUUGGAAAUGGAAGCCCAGUCCUCUUCUGUUCUUAUUUGCUUUAUAUAUCAUAUGGGUUCCUCACUCAGUAUGGGGAUGUGCCAGCUGCCGAGUGGUUUUGUCCAACCCUUCUGGGACCUUUGCUUCUCCAUGCUACCCUAACGACUACCCAAACAGCCAGGCUUGCAUGUGGACGCUCCGAGCCCCCACCGGUUAUAUCAUUCAGAUAACAUUUAAUGACUUUGACAUUGAAGAAGCUCCCAAUUGCAUUUAUGACUCAUUAUCCCUUGAUAAUGGAGAGAGCCAGACUAAAUUUUGUGGAGCAACUGCCAAAGGCCUAUCAUUUAACUCAAGUGCGAAUGAGAUGCAUGUGUCCUUUUCAAGUGACUUUAGCAUCCAGAAGAAAGGUUUCAAUGCCAGCUACAUCAGAGUUGCCGUGUCCUUAAGGAAUCAAAAAGUCAUUUUACCCCAGACAUCAGAUGCUUACCAGGUAUCUGUUGCAAAAAGCGUCUCCAUUCCAGAGCUCAGUGCUUUCACACUCUGCUUUGAAGCAACCAAAGUUGGCCAUGAAGACAAUGAUUGGACAGCUUUCUCCUACUCAAAUGCAUCCUUCACACAAUUGCUUAGUUUUGGAAAGGCCAAGAAUGGCUACUUUCUAUCCAUUUCUGAUUCAAAAUGUUUGCUGAACAAUGCAUUACCUGUCAAGGAAAAAGAAGACAUUUUUGCAGAAAGCUUUGAGCAGCUUUGCCUUGUUUGGAAUAAUUCUUUGGGGUCUAUUGGUGUAAAUUUCAAAAGAAACUAUGAAACAGUUCCAUGUGAUUCUACCCUUAGUAAAGUUAUUCCUGGGAAUGGGAAAUUGUUGUUGGGCUCCAGUCAAAAUGAAAUUGUCUCUCUAAAAGGGGACAUUUAUAACUUUCGACUUUGGAAUUUUACCAUGAAUGCCAAAAUCCUCUCCAACCUCAGCUGUAAUGUGAAGGGGAAUGUAGUCGACUGGCAAAAUGACUUCUGGAAUAUCCCAAACCUAGCUCUGAAAGCUGAAGGCAACCUAAGCUGUGGUUCCUACCUGAUCCCGCUCCCGGCAGCAGAACUGGCCAGCUGUGCAGACCUGGGGACCCUCUGUCAAGCUACUGUAAACUCUCCUAGUACUACACCACCCACUGUCACCACUAACAUGCCUGUUACUAACAGAAUCGAUAAACAAAGGAAUGAUGGAAUUAUCUAUAGAAUAUCCGUAGUGAUUCAAAACAUCCUUCGUCACCCUGAGGUAAAAGUACAGACCAAGGUGGCAGAAUGGCUCAAUUCAACCUUCCAAAAUUGGAACUACACGGUUUAUGUCGUUAAUAUCAGUUUUCACCUGAGUGCUGGAGAGGACAAGAUUAAAGUCAAGAGAAGCAUUGAGAAUGAGCCAAGGUUGGUGCUUUGGGCCCUUCUAGUUUACAAUGCUACCAACAAUACUAAUUUAGAAGGAAAAAUCAUUCAGCAGAAGCUCCUAAAAAAUAAUGAGUCCUUGGAUGAAGGCUUGAGGCUACAUACAGUGAAUGUGAGACAACUGAGUCAUUGUCUUGCCGUGGAGGAACCCAAAGGCUACUACUGGCCAUCUAUCCAACCUUCUGAAUACGUUCUUCCUUGUCCAGACAAGCCUGGCUUUUCUGCUUCACGGAUAUGUUCUUACAAUGCUACCAAUCCAUUGGUAACCUACUGGGGACCUGUUGAUAUCUCCAACUGUUCAAAAGAAGCAAAUGAAGUUGCUAACCAGAUUUUAAAUUUAACUGCUGAUGGGCAGAACUUAACCUCAGCCAAUAUUACCAACAUUGUGGAACAGGUCAAAAGAAUUGUGAAUAAAGAAGAAAACAUUGAUAUAACACUUGGCUCAACUCUAAUGAAUAUAUUUUCUAAUAUCUUAAGCAGUUCAGACAGUGACUUGCUUGAGUCUUCUUCUGAAGCUUUAAAAACAAUUGAUGAAUUGGCCUUCAAGAUAGACCUAAAUAGCACAUCACAUGUGAAUAUUGCAACUCGGAACUUGGCUCUCGGCGUAUCAUCCCUGUUACCAGGGACAAAUGGAAUUUCAAAUUUUAGCAUUGGUCUUCCAAGCAAUAAUGAAUCGUAUUUCCAGAUGGAUUUUGAGAGUGGACAAGUGGAUCCACUGGCGUCUGUAAUUUUGCCUCCAAACUUACUUGAGAAUUUAAGUCAACAAGAUUCUGUAUUAGUUAGAAGAGCACAGUUUACUUUCUUCAACAAAACUGGACUUUUCCAGGAUGUAGGACCCCAAAGAAAAACCUUAGUGAGUUAUGUGAUGGCGUGCAGUAUUGGAAACAUUACUAUCCAGAAUCUGAAGGAUCCUGUUCAAAUAAAAAUCAAACAUACAAGAACUCAGGAAGUGCAUCAUCCCAUCUGUGCCUUCUGGGAUCUGAACAAAAACAAUAAACUCUGUAUGGCAGAAGAGACUGAGGCAAAUUUCUCUGUAGAAGGUCUCAUCCAUUAUAGAGAAGACACUGACCUGCUGUUUUCACACUGUUUGUUGAUUCCUUCAACAGAAAGUUUUGGAGGAUGGAACACGUCAGGAUGUGUUGCACACAGAGAUUCAGAUGCAAGUGAGACAGUCUGCCUGUGUAACCACUUCACACACUUUGGAGUUCUGAUGGACCUUCCAAGAAGUGCCUCACAGUUAGAUGCAAGAAACACUAAAGUCCUCACUUUCAUCAGCUAUAUUGGGUGUGGAAUAUCUGCUAUUUUUUCAGCAGCAACUCUCCUGACAUAUGUUGCUUUUGAGAAAUUGCGAAGGGAUUAUCCCUCCAAAAUCUUGAUGAACCUGAGCACAGCCCUGCUGUUCCUGAAUCUCCUCUUCCUCCUAGAUGGCUGGAUCACCUCCUUCAAUGUGGAUGGAUUUUGCAUUGCUGUUGCAGUCCUGUUGCAUUUCUUCCUUCUGGCAACCUUUACCUGGAUGGGGCUAGAAGCAAUUCACAUGUACAUUGCUCUAGUUAAAGUAUUUAACACUUACAUUCGCCGAUACAUUCUAAAAUUCUGCAUCAUUGGUUGGGGUUUGCCUGCCUUAGUGGUGUCAAUUGUUCUAGCGAGCAGAAACAAAAAUGAAGUCUAUGGAAAAGAAAGUUAUGGGAAAGAAAAAGGUGAUGAAUUCUGUUGGAUUCAAGAUCCAGUCAUAUUUCAUGUGACCUGUGCUGGGUAUUUUGGAGUCAUGUUCUUUCUGAACAUUGCCAUGUUCAUUGUGGUAAUGGUGCAGAUCUGUGGGAGGAAUGGCAAGAGAAGCAACCGGACCCUGAGGGAAGAAGUGUUAAGGAACCUGCGCAGUGUGGUUAGCUUGACCUUUCUGUUGGGCAUGACAUGGGGUUUUGCAUUCUUUGCCUGGGGACCCUUAAAUAUCCCCUUCAUGUACCUCUUCUCCAUCUUCAAUUCAUUACAAGGCUUAUUUAUAUUCAUCUUCCACUGUGCUAUGAAGGAGAAUGUUCAGAAACAGUGGCGGCGGCAUCUCUGCUGUGGUAGAUUUCGGUUAGCAGAUAACUCAGAUUGGAGUAAGACAGCUACCAAUAUCAUCAAGAAAAGUUCUGAUAAUCUAGGAAAAUCUUUGUCUUCAAGCUCCAUUGGUUCCAGCUCAACCUAUCUUACAUCCAAAUCUAAAUCCAGCUCUACCACCUAUUUCAAAAGGAAUAGCCACACAGACAAUGCUUCCAUGGACAAGUCCUUGUCAAAACUGGCCCAUGCUGAUGGAGAUCAAACAUCAAUCAUCCCUGUCCAUCAGGUCAUUGAUAAAGUCAAGGGUUAUUGCAAUGCUCAUUCAGACAACUUCUAUAAAAAUAUUAUCAUGUCAGACACCUUCAGCCACAGCACAAAGUUUUAAUGUCUUUAAGAUAAAGAAAUCAAUCUGCAGAAAUGUGAAGAUUUGCAAGCAGUGAAAACUGCAACUAGUGAUGUAAAUGUGCUAUUACCUAGGUAACUGCAUAUAUAUAAGGAAUGUAUUUUGUUAAGAAGGCUUUUGUGAAAUUUGGAAUUUUUCUUUUUAAUAUAUUUCUUCCGUGGAAGAGUUGUCAUCAUCACUAAAACUUCAGUACUAAGAGCAACAUGACUCAGUAGCCACAGAAGCUAUGAUUUUUAAAAUAUAUAAUUGAAUCAGAGUAAUCAUAAUGCAGGGGAGACAUUCAAAUUAGAGACAAGGGAGAAGCAAUGCUGAGGAAGACCCUAGACAGAGCUCAUUUUACUCCACCUAAUCGUUAUAUCUGGAUAUACCCAUUUUCUGCGUCUUCUUUCUCAACAAUAAAAAAUGUAACUAUUUUGAAUGCCCACAAAUCCCAUUCCAGUGUUACUGCCUGUGAAUGCAGUACCAUGUUCUCAUUUUCAAUGACAUUUCAACCACAGGCAGAAAAGACUGUUUACUCCUUAACCCAAAGAUUAAAAAGGAUUUUUUUUAUUAUUUUAAAUAUUACACCUUCAGAACCGUAACAUGCUUAAGAAAAUUUUCCCAAAAUGUUGACCUAGUUAAUGAGGCUAUAUAAAUUUCUAAUAUUUUACUUAUUCUAUUCAAGGCAUAUGGCCAAAGCAGUAAGUAUAAUUUAAUCCCAUACAUUUGAGUUAAGUUUAGUGUUGAUGAUGUUCCAUCAUUGUGGACUCCCAGGAGUUGUUUAAGAAUGAAUCUCUUACACCUCUACUUUUGCCCCUGUAUUGUAUAUUAAGCCCAUAGGCUUGUGGGAGGAAGGAGAAUUUCCAUUAGGCAAGCUGUAUGCAGUGGAAUUUUCCUUUUAGGAGACACACAAUUGAGACUCUCUGGUUCUGUCCUUGCUUUGGAGACUUUAAGACAUUUCCUAAUGCACAAAUGAAAGCCUCGUAUUUCUCCAUUGAGAGUUUUGUUCCAAGGAAUAUGAAGUGAGACAUAUGGGUGAGUCAUAAUAAUCAAAAUAAUUUAUGAACAGCUGGGUCUGCAAUAGCUAGUCUAAAAACUACUUGUGUGUCAGUCCUCUGGUUAUAGUAUAUAAGAGCCUGAGGAGGUCUGGCAAGAUAGAUGGUGUAUUAUUUAUGGAUCAGGCUGCUGCAUACAAACCUUGCAUACUGUUAUACAGCUUACCUAACUCUCAGACUAUUCUGAGAAAUGCUUCCUUGCUAAUGAAUGUAUAGGGGACCACACUGUAAUUGUUCUUAGAUGAUGGAGUCCAUGCAGUUUCUUAGAAAUCGGUCUCAGUGCACGCUGUGCUUUUUCACAUUUGCUCUGGGUUAUGUGGGAAGUAUCAGGUUCUGGGAGGCAACAGCAUUCAGUGAUAAGGAAAGGAGACAUUCUGGCAAAGCCAAUCUACUUAAAGGCAAAGUCCAGAACCUGGAACCUAGAGGCCUUUCUCUCUGCAUGAAAAACAGGUAGUUUGCAGUCUGAGACAUGGGAGAGCUUUUAGGCUACACAGCAACCCAAGGGACCUCUCACCUUUUGCUGAGCUUCAAUCAGGAAGCUAUUUGCCUGGCUCCAGCAGAUGAUGAGAUAAUGAGGUAGUGGGUUUUUUAUUACUGUUCCAUUUUGCAACAUCCUGCAACACCAUCCUGGAAGACAAGAGCAUUACCCAGCUUGGCUUUCACAGGGGAGGGUUGUAUUCAGUAAAAAAUAAUAGUAAAUCUAAGGUCACUGAGAUUCUAAGUAAAAUAGUAAAUCUAAGGUCACUGAGCCAAAUCCUUUUCAAUAGGCAUAUAUUAACAGGCUGCUUAUUUUGGCAGAGGUUACAUAUGGAUGAAAAUGAAUCUUAGUCACUGAAUAUUCAUAUACAUUUCCCCCAAAACCUUAGACAUUCAUAGUAGAUUUUAAUUAGCUUUCUAACUAGUCAGAUUUCUGCCCAAAGUGCUUAGUCAAUAGUAAUUUAGAUAUAGCUUCAAAAAUGGCUUUGCUUUUGAUUUCUACUCAUAUUCAUAUGGCUCCAGAAAAAUAUUUUUUUCAUAUUAGACAAUGUCAGAUCCAUUUUAGAAAUUUUCAAUAACAAGAUGAGAAAAAAAUUAAGAAAUUGCUCAAGAGAAACAUUUGUAAAUGGAUUUGAAAGAUUGAGCCAAAUUCUAUCGUCAGUUCUAAAUAUGCAGUUCUCACCUCCAUUUAGGCCCCCAUCAGAACAGAGGGUCAGGAAUUUAGCUGGGUAGCGUAAAUUUAGUUCAGCCUACCUUUGAGAAUAGCAUCAAUUCAGACUCUCUUUUCAUUAUGUUUUCUUUUCUUUUUCCCUCUUUUUAAACUACAUUGUGUCAGAGUCGUAGUCUAGGAUCCUGAGAUAUUUUCCAUUCUUGUCACCAUUCACUUGCAUUGUAAAGAUUUUCUUUGUCUAUUGUUGGCAUAGAUUCUUUUGUACAUAUUUAUUUAUUUGUGUUUAUACAUGUCAGUUGGUUUCCUAUCUUAGCUUGGUAUUGCCUAGCUUUGUUGUUUUAAUUAACUUUCUAUUAGAGAGACUGUAUAUAUUUUUUUCUAAAUACUUUGUGAAAUCAUUUUUGGUAGCAAUAUCUUUGAAUAUGAUGAAUAAAAGUGACUGUGAGUGCAAAUAGAAUUAGCAGUAAGAAGCUACUCUAGCUAAUUUGCCAUUUUACUUAAAUGGAAAAUGUUUUUCAAAUAAAUACUUACGUUGUUCAUGUUCCAAGUUA